AUGUCUUUCCAUUUGGCAUAUGGCAAUCAUGUGAUAUGCUCUCAGGAAAAUUUUUCUCUGGUAACCGUCUCGGAGCAGAUCCUAUUGCUCAACUAUAAUCUUUGCCUCUCAGGCUAUCAGUCUUUGAUUUGUGAGAAUGGCAACCCGAGCAGCUCAACUGUAAGAAGUUUCCCAGGAUGCCACUGCGAUUCUUAUUCAGAUAAUUCUCAAAGUUACGGAAAAUGGGUCAAUUUAAAGCCCAUUAGGUUGCAAA